CGAAGUGUGUCUGAGGACAAACCAGACCAGGUCACUAAAGUACAAGAUCAAGUGGAAGAGCUGAAAGGAAUUAUGGUCAGAAACAUAGAUCAACUGGCAGAGAGAGGGGAGAGACUGGAGUUGUUGGUAGACAAGACAGAGGACCUCAGUGCUAAUUCGGUCACUUUCAAGAAAACGAGUCGGAACUUAGCAAGAUCACUGUGGUGGAAAAACAUCAAACUGAUGGUCAUUAUUGGAGUCAUUGUCAUUCUGGUAAUUUAUUUCAUCAUUUCUGCUUCCUGUGGUGGUUUGGACUGGCCAUCCUGCACAUGAGACCAACCUCUCUUCAUGCCGGAGCUUCAGGAUCUGACCUGUGGAAUUGUGAAUGAAUGAAGGCAUGUCUGUUAAAUGUUGCGGUGUAUCAAUGAUAUUUAACACAUAUUAAGUAUUUGAGUACUGUACAUUUAUGCCUCUUGAAUUGAUGCUUUUUUGUGUUUCACAUUUUUGUAUCAUUUGCAGUUGGAAAGAGCACUCAAGCCAUUUUAGAUCGAAAAGUGUAAGUGGAGACGGUCCCUUGUUAAUUUUUAAAAAAGUAUUUUUGCUACAGAUGUAUACCCGUUAAUAGGACAUAUUAAGUGGCUGAGAAAAAGGUCAGUUUGAAAGCUGCCAACCCUCAUGUGGAGGAGAGUGGAUUGAUUGUGAAGGAAGAGUGAUAAGUAAUUAUCAUGAGUGUCUGUGACCAGGCUACUAUAAAUGAAGACAUUUGCUUGCAGAUUUUGUGACAUUUGUGUAUUAUUUGCAGACCUAUAUUUCUCUCAGCUGGUUGGUUUAUUUAUCGUCUGUGAUGUAGUGAGGUAAUUUGGGAUUUCUGUCAAUUUAUUAGUAAACUUCUGUGGUAAUGAGAAUCUGUCCCAGUGAAGAAAAAGCAAAUGACUGCCAGUUUCUGUACUUUUUGUCUGGUUUCCAUUGUAUAAAAAUUCUGUUGUGACUGACAGAAAUGACCCAACUGCUGUGAUGACUUUUUAUAAAAGAAACAACUCCAAAUGACUCAUUACACAGGAGUUGAAAAGGGAAGAAAACCCAGUCCAGUACAAGUUAUUGUAGCAAGAGGCACACCUUGUUGGCCUCUAGCUGUUUGUGGUCAGAAAGUUAAGCUGUGUUUCUUUUUUAGUUUUUGUCAACAGUUAAGGGUAAGUGAGAACAAACUUAACUUUAAGGUGAUCUUUGUAGGAUGCUACGGUUUGAAAAAA